CAAAGGAGUCCCUGCCUCUCCGCGCCCCGCGCUGCGCUCGCCGCUCCGCAGAGCCCCUCCGGGCCGGCCGCCGCCUUCGCCCCCGCCCGGGGGUGCGGGAGGGCAGCGGCCCCGCCGUGGGGCGGCCGCCGGGGGCGGCGGGGGCCGGGACCCGCCGAGCGCAAAUUCCUCCGCGCAGCGCGCCAUUGACUGGACCGAGCAACUUAUUUAAGGCUGGAAAGUGACACAGGGGCGCCUCGUCUGCGCCGGCCGCGCUCCGCCGGGCAGCCCGGCCGCACCGAGCCCCGAGCCGCGGCGCGGGAUGCCGCCCGGGUGACCGCCCCGAGCCCGGCCGCCGCCUCGCAGCUCUCCGGACAAGGAGCCGCGUCUCGCCGCUGCCCCGCCAGGACCGCGGGAAGGGGCUUUCUUUUGGGGUGCUUUAUGUGUUGGUGGAAUUUGGGGUUUUUUUAAAAAAUCUUUUUGGCUGCCUUUUUUUUUUUUUUUUUUUUUCCCCCCCACCUCUCUUCUUUCUCCGCUCCGGGCUGCGAUUUAGCAGAGAGUUCACCGUCCUCCCCCGCCCCGCGCCGCCGGGCUUCGGCCGAGCAUGGAGAAGUACGAGGAGGACAUGGCACUGAAGGCCACCAAGUUCAUGGAGGACCUGUCCCUGUACGAGCCCUGCCCGGAGGGUCCGUUCGGCCGGGGCGGCCGCCGGGACCUGGCGCUGCACCCCGACCUGGAGGAGACCAAGCGGGUCAUCGCCGCCCACAUGACGGCGGAGCAGCGGGGCCGGAAGAUGAACGGCACCGCCGCGCCGCCGCCGCCCGCCGAAGGCUUCCCCGCCGCCGCCCCCUGCGGCAAAGCCGCCCCGCUCCGCGCCAACGGCCGCGCCGCCGCCGAGCCGCCCGCGGGCCCGCCGUGCUGCGAGGAGGGGCUGUGCACCCGCUCCGAGGUGGCGCUGCCCUGCUACAGCGGCUUCACCGACAAGGGCAAGCGCUACUCGGCCGAGGGCUACCGCUACGCCCCGGGCAGCGCCUACGAGGGCGGCUACGUGGCCAAAGGCGGCGGGCGGGCGCCCGGCGGUCCGGACGGCAAGUUCGGCGCCGCCAGCCCUCGGGCCAGCCUGGCCGCCGCCUCGCCGGGCCCCGCCGCCGAGCACGGCAAGUUCUCCAGCCCGCGCUCCAGCCUGGGCGGCGCGGUCGCGCUGCCCUACGAGAAGUUCUCCAGCCCCCGCUCCAGCCUGGUGGUGCCCGGGCAAGACAAGUACGGCAGCCCCCGCGCCAGCCUGGUGCAGUACGACGGAGCCGCCCUCAGCCCCCGCUCCAGCUACGCCAGCACGGCCAGCGACACCAGCAAACACUCCAGCCCCCGCGCCAGCCUCACCGGCUACGACGGCGGCGGCAGCAAGCCCAGCAGCAACCGCACCAGCGGCAUCAGCAUGGGCUACGACCAGCGCCACGCCAGCCCCCGCUCCAGCACCGCCAGCCAGUACUCCUGCACCGCCAGCCCCCGCUCCAGCUACUCGGACUCCAGGUACGGCCCGCCGGGCAGCGCCGAGCCCGAGGGGGCGGGCGGCGCCGGCCUCGCCCUGGCCAGCCCCCGCUCCAGCCUCUGCGGCCCCGAGGGCCGCGGCUCGGCCGGCCCCGCCGUGGUCAGCCCCCGCUCCAGCAUCUCCAGCCAGAGCUCGCGGAGUUCCCGCGGCUCCAUGAGCGCCUACCCCGAGCUGCAGCUGCCGUCUCCCCGCUCGUCCCUGCUGGGGCCCGGCCUGCAGGAGGACGGCGCCGUGCCCGAGCUGGGGGACGUGUACCACCGCAUCCAUGCCCAGUCCCCGCCGCGGCACGACCAGCAGCACCCGGCCGUCGCCCCCGAGCCGCCGCCCCACUACGCCUACAGCCCGACCAAAAGCUCCGCUUCGGCUCCCAAAUUCAAGCUGCCCUACCAGGUGACGCCGUGCCGGGAGAGCGGCCCCAGCCAGGCGGAGAGGCGGCUGGAGGCGCUGACGCUGGAGCUGGAGAAGGAGCUGGAGAUGCACAUGAAGAAGGAGUACUUCGGUAUUUGUAUAAAAUGUGGAAAAGGUGUGUAUGGAGCGAGCCAGGCUUGCCAAGCAAUGGGUAACCUCUAUCAUACCAACUGCUUCACGUGCUGCUCUUGUGGGAGAAGACUACGAGGAAAAGCAUUCUACAAUGUCAAUGGCAAGGUGUACUGUGAAGAAGACUUCCUAUAUUCAGGUUUUCAGCAAACAGCAGACAAGUGCUUUGUUUGUGGACACCUCAUAAUGGAAAUGAUCUUGCAGGCUCUUGGAAAGUCCUACCAUCCUGGCUGCUUCCGCUGCGUGGUGUGUAACGAGUGUUUGGAUGGAGUCCCCUUCACUGUAGAUGUGGAAAACAAUAUUUACUGUGUGAAAGACUACCAUACGGUUUUUGCACCAAAAUGUGCUUCCUGUAACCAGCCGAUCCUCCCAGCACAGGGCUCCGAGGAGACCAUCCGGGUGGUGUCCAUGGACAAGGACUACCACGUGGAGUGCUACCACUGCGAGGACUGUGGCUUGCAGCUCAAUGAUGAGGAAGGCCAUCGUUGUUACCCCUUAGAGGGCCACUUGCUCUGCCACAGCUGUCAUAUCAGGCGCCUUAAUAUCAAACUGCCAUCACAUCCACCUCCAAGCUACCCCAUGCAUGUCACAGAACUCUGA